UGUUAAAAUCUUGAAACCAAAAAUCUACAGAUUAAAUCAUCUCCAGAAACAAUGGGAAAUGUUCUAAAGCCUCUCAUGGAAGAUCCUCUUUCAUUUGCUUACGAGCCUCUCCUCAGCUCACCAAUGGAUAAAGAAAACGAGGAUCUGAGAGUCUUCAGCGUCACGGAACUGAAGAAAGCAACGAGCAACUUCAGAAAAGACAGGGUCGUACAUGAAGAGGAUGGCUCUGUUCGAACAUUCUACAAGGGCUCCAUCGAUGACACCUCAUCAAGAACUAAAAAAAGAAUCUCUGUUUUUGUCAUGGAAUGUCUUCAAGAUAGUUUAGAGGCUAUAGAAGCGUGGAAGGAAGAGGUGAAGUCUCUAGGAGAACAUUCUCAUCCAAACAUAGUAACAUUUUUGGGUUACUGUUGUGAAGAUAAAAAAUCACUAUUGGUAUUCGAAUACUUGCACCAAGGAACUUUGGAUCAUCACAUUAACGGAAAGAAAGAGGUCUUGUCAUGGGAAACACGGGUUAAGAUAGCCAUUGGAAUAGCUAAAGGUGUUGCAUUUCUCCACUCAUUCUAUAACUCAUCGCUAUAUUUUGAACUCAGAAUGCAUAACAUUAUGCUUGAUGAGGAAUACAAUGCAAAACUGUUUUACCUUGCAACAAACAAAAAAUGUCUGGAAAAUUGCUUGACUAUUUAUGGACAUAGAUACAUGCCUCAUGAAUGUCUGGUGUCAGGUGGUUUUAAAAUGGAUACCGAUGUUUUCGCAUUUGGUGUGAUUUUGCUUGAGCUUUUUACUUGUUCGAAAGAUGAGGACUUGCUUGCGCAUUUACUUGCUUUGAGAAAUGGAGCAAAAAAGUUGAAGAAGAAUAAAAGCUUAGAUGUUAGGGAGACUAGACCGUUCUUGUUUACGGAAAUAAUUGAUCCACGACUUGAGGAUGAUUAUCCUGUGAAUGCGGCAAUGCAGAUGGGCACACUCAUCCAAAGAUGUACCAAGUGCUGGCCUACACGACCGUCCAUGCAACAAGUUUUAGAUGUUCUGAAUGAUAUUGCAGAGAUUAACUAG